AUGAGAAGGAAGCUGUACAUGCUGUGUGGCAUCAAUAGCGAGCGAAAGUUGCUUGUCGAUCUGCUCGCCAUCUUGUUCGGGGUUGGAUCCUGGCUCGGCAUUAACUCGGUGUACGUACAGCUGCCGCUGCUCGUCAACAAUGCGCCGGAAGGAUGGAAUUUGCCCUCGUAUCUGGUAGUGAUUAUCCAGCUGGGCAAUAUUGGACCACUGCUCUAUACCGGCGCCUUACGCAUCAAGUCGUUCCGCGACUCGUACCUCAUCAUCGGGCUGCUAGCGUUGGGUUCCUGUGCCGCAAUGACGACCGCCUUCGUCUAUGACCAAACGGUGCACGUGUUCGGUGCGGAACGGUCGGUCCCACUGUUCAUCACCGUGUUUGGCCUGUCGCUGGUAGGAUGUACCAGUUCGGUGCUGUUUAUGCCCUACAUGGGCCGGUUUAAGGGCAUCUAUCUCAUCACGUACCUGAUCGGGGAAGGAUUCAGCGGGUUCGUGCCAAGCAUUGUGGCACUGAUCCAGGGCGUCGGUGGCAAUGGUGAGUGUAUCCUGGUCAACGGCACCGAUCCAAACGAACCGCCCCAGUACACCAGCUAUACGCCACCACCACGCUUCGGCACACGUCCCUAUUUUAUCGUGUCGUCCGUAAUACUGGCAAUUAGUACGGUGGCGUUCGUGCUACUCGACCGGCUGGCCGUUUGCCGGCGGGAGUAUGCGGCUGUUUCGAUCGGGAAUGGUAACAACUACGCGUACGAACAGAGCGCACCGAACGACGAGGAAUGCCGAUCACAGUCGGAGAAAGGUUCGCCACCGGUGAAAGGAUCCCUGGACCGUACGAACUACCUGCUGCUGAUGGUGCUCAUCAGCAUCAUGUGUCUGUUUGGCAAUGGGUUCUUUCCCAGCAUACAGUCGUACUCGUGUUUGCCGUACGGCAAUGUCGCCUACCAUCUGACGGUGACGCUCAGCAGCAUGGCAAAUCCUGCCGCCUGCUUUCUGGCGUUCUUCGUGCAGAAAAACUCGAUACGGUCGAUAUUGGCGUUGUCGGUAGUGUUUGUCCCGUUUGCAGCGUACGCCCUCACUACUUCCAUCACUAGCCCGGAUCCACCGCUGAUGCAUAACGUGCUCGGAGACAUAUUGGUGGUUGCCUGCUGGACGUUGCUGGUGGGUCUGGUGAGCUACAUAAGACUAUCCAUCACCACGCUACUACGCUGCGAAGGAGGGCAAACGCUCGUCUGGGUCGGUGUAGCGACCCAGCUCGGUUCCUUGGUUGGAUCGAUACUGUCCUUCACGUUGGUCAACUACACCGAUACCUUCCAGCAAUACUAUCCAUGCUAAUGACUGAUAU